AUGUUGACAAGAUAGCUACUGCUAGCGUCACUCUUGGUGAUCUAAGUUUUUACAAUUCAAGUAGAAGUGACUCUGGAUUACAUUAAGACCCUCAUUAAAAGAGAUACCAGACUUUUUGAGAGAUUGGUAGCUGGCCAAUGGAGAGCAAGCAAUAGUACCUAUAAGCUGGAGACUAGCAUUUCUCAAAUGACCAUCAGGUAAAACACAGAAUUAAACGGAGUUGAUUUUAUAAUCCCUGCAGCACUUGUUGAUGAAGAUAACAGAGCAGAGCUCAACUGGAUACUUACUGGAUCUAUAAAUUCUACUGUUGGUUAUGGAAUCUACCCCAGUUUUUGUUUAUCAUACUCCAACAUUGAGAUUGUUAAGCCUUUAGAUGGUAUUGCUGAGGUAGUUGAAGAGUUGGAUGCGAUUCUUGAAAAGCUUCAGGAUACACUAUUCAGUACUUGGGAUGUUAGAGUUUGGGAGUAGAUUCACCCAGCUGUGAAAGCUGCAAGAUUUUACUAUUGGAUAGGAAUGUCUAUGUCUGGAAAGGUUGAAGUCAGAGGUAAUGAUCUGAUUGUUUUACAUAUGAACCCAGAGUACUAUUUCAACCAAACUAAGAAUGAAAUUCCCAUUCCAGAGGCUAAGACCAGAAAGGACUUUAGAAUAGUCAUUGAUCCACAGACUAUUGAUUACAAUCUUAAAUCCUAGAUCUAAAAUAGAUAACCAUAAAGAUUUAGACCAGUUUGGACUAAGAACGCUACUGAUUUCAACAAAGUGAUGGAUUUGAUCACUGCCUCGUAUCUUAAGCAAAUCAUCCCUAAUCUAGUUAAAGAAGUAGGUGAGUCCGCUCCCCUUGACCUCAAUAUCAAUGCUUACCUAUUAAAUGAAGCAGAUAAAAAAUAUAUCAACAAUGGCGAGAAUUCAUUCACUAUAAAGGAUAAUGAGAUUGAUCUACUCUCCACUUUCUCUCUUGAGAUAAUCGCGAGAGUUGCAGAUCCAAAAUACGGUAAUGUUUGGAAGCUUAUUAGAGGUGGCUAUGCUAAAGCCCAUGUUGGUCUAGCACUCAAGCAAGUUAGUCCCACUAAAUUGAAUCUCAAAUUCAGUGGGGAGCUUGUAAAUGCAAUGCUUACUAAUUUUGAAGAAAAGCUGACAAACGAGGAAGACGAAAUAAGUCAAAAUAUCUAAAGAUUCUUAAAGGAACACCCUGAAGGUAUUGAGGUUGAUAUUGCUCCACUUCUGAGUCUGUCAUAAUGCUUAGGAUUCGAUAAGAACUCUUUUGAGAUUAGCAUUGAAGACAAUCACAUUGUUAUUAGCUUUAACAGAGAUUAAGUUGACAAAGUCAGAGAAUGUGAUUUGACACGUAACUUCGUCGCUCAAACCCCCUAAUUCGUCAAUGAUGUUGAGCUCAAUAAUUAUAGAUUUGGAUAAGAUGAUUUUAGACUGAUAGGGUAGGCUAUCGCUUAGUAUAAGAAAACCAGAAAGUUAAAGAUUGAUAUCCUUAAUGAAAAGAGAAAGCCUCAAACUGAGAAUUAUGAUGAAGACAAGACUGAAUUGUGA